GUCCAAUGCGAGCGCCGAUUGGCGGCGGUUCCAUGGAAUAUUUUCGGCUAUAUCAGCGGUGUCGUUUAAAUUAAAAACAGUACCGCGAGUAAACCCAACGGUACCGCUGUAUUGGCAAAAGACAGUGUUUAAAUAUUUAAACAAUGUCGCGGAAAGAAAAACAAACGGAGCUGUUUGGAGAGGAAACGACACCGCGGAGCUUGAAAACGAUAUCACGCGAGGAAUCAGCAAUACCGUGGUGGAGGAUAAAGCCGCGAGCUAAACAACAUUGCGGUGGAGAGAGAUGUCGCGGUCGCGAAUCUAGCGGCGUUGCUAGUGCGACAAUGCCGCGAAAUUCAAUGAUGCCGCAAGGCCAAAGCAACAUCGUGGAGUUCAACGAAGGCCAUCGACUUUGUGUGGUCAACGACGCGAGAGAUCAACAAUCUAGCGGCGAGUACGCGGUGGCGGUAUCGUGAUUCGAACCAUGGUACAAAGUUGAUGUGUGUGCACGUGACUUUUACGCAAAGCAGAAAGAGGAGAUCAAGGCAGUUGAGACACGUGGGAUUUCAGGACAGAGCAGUUGAGGAAGCAGUUCCACGGAGCCUAAAGACUACGAAGAUGCUUUUCAAAUAAAAGCAAUGGAGCAAAGAGAGAGAGGGGACAAUCAAAUCAACACAGAAAUACAUCUGCCAAACUUUACCUUUUUUCUCUGUAACUCCUUCGCGGAGCUCUCCUUCUAGGAAGGAUCUCCAUAGUUGGUAGAAGUAGUCGUAGUCGCAGAGCUCUUCAUAGGAAUCUCCAUAGGAGUAGCGGUAGUGUAGAUUCCCGAAAACUCAAACACCCUCGUUCGAACGUAGUUUGGAGAGGUGUGGACCGUAGUAACGGUCGCGUUGGUUAGAAGUCAGAGGUGCAUCGAUCAGAUCAACAUCGCCCGACGGUGGAUAUUUGACGAUCACCAUCAUUUUCAGAAGUCAGUUGCACCGAUCAAAUCAACACCGCCCGGUGGAUAUUUGACGGUCUCGUCGAUUUCAACAAUUAGCGGUGCAUCCGAUCAAACGACACCGCAAGAGUUUCCAUCGCGAAGCAUCAAAUCAACAUCGCCGGAACCAAAUUCGGCACCGGCGGUGGCAUUUGGUUUUCCCGAGGAAACAGAAUGUCAUGAACUCCCGGCUUGAAGAUCGUAUCCAACGAAAUAGAUGUGCACUCGGUCCCUGCGUGAAGAUGUCACCUAGAUUGCGAUCAGUUGGACCAUAAUGCGUGGAAACUGACCCUGACUUCAUUCUUUCUCUAAUCACAAGUCGGUCAAUCUCUAUGUGUUUGAUUUCUUCAUGUAAAAUUUGAUUUUGUGCAUUGUGAAUAUCCGAUUUGUUGUCACAGUAGAUAUUGAUGGCCUCGUCAUGCUGUAUAUUAAAUUCCUUGAGCAAUUAUUUCAACCAUUGAAGUUCAUAAUAAAGUCGCGAGAAAGCUCGAUACACAACUCAUGAUGAAGAUUUUGAUAGUGUACCUUGCUUUUUCGCAUUCCAAGUGAUGAGGUAAUGAACCAAGAAUGUGCAAUGUCCAGUUAUGGAUCUCCUAGUACCGGAACAAGCUCCCCGAUUAGAAUCAAUGUAACCUGAAAAACCGAGGUUGCUAAAUGAGGAAAAGAACAAUCCUUGUCCAUGAGAUUGUUUAAUCUACCUCAAUAUUCUACUAGCAAAGCAACACUAAAUGAGUGGUUAUUCGUUGGGACCGAAAUUGAAAUAAACUAUUGUACAACAUAUGUCUUGCCUUGGGCUUAAACUUGGUUCCACCCUGCUUAGAGUAGAGGCAUAACUCAAGCUUGGUUCUGCCAUGCAUUUCUUAUUAGUGUUUUGCAAGACUCUAUAAUGAAAUUUUCAUAUCAAUUAACGAUCUCAUUACUCUAUAAAGUGUUUUACAAGAC